GCUGCUCAAAAUAAACUCAUCAAUAGCCAUAGGCAUAUACCUACUUCAAUCCUUAACCAAUGCCUCUGUCAACUGUUGUCGCCAGAAAACCACUGAAACACACUGAUCGGAGCAAUAAGUUUGCCAUCCCAACAAAGGCAUUACCCUAUUUCCCACCAUUCAAUGGUCAUCAUUUCGUUCCUGUGAAUUUUCGGCAUGGCUCAAAACAUUGGCCUAUGGUCAUAUCCACUCGCAGGGGCCUCUACAAAAAACCUGUAAUCUCUAAGGGUUGGAUACCCUUCGUCCGCGAAAAUGAGUUGGAGGUUGGUGAUGUAGUGAAAAUCUUCAGGGACGAAGAUGAAGCUGGCGUUGGGUAUCGGAUUGAGAUCGAGAGAGGAAGCAAGCCACUUCCUGCUCUGUAUCGUGACCUUGAAGAGCAGCAGGUGGCAGUGCCAAUAUUUCCCAGCAGUAAUAAUGACAACGUGGGAGUUGCUGGCAACGUCUUUUUGGCACCCAGGCCAACUCCAGUUGCUGUGCCAACUACCCACAACAACAAUUUCAAUGUGGAGGUCGUUGCAAACAUCCCUGCCAUCAAACAAGAGACGCAACUGACCCCUGGAAAUGUUCUGCCAAUUGCUCAGAAGGCUGAAGAGCUCAGUCUGAAGCCACAUGAGAUGAAUUUAAGGUUGACACUGGACAAGGGACCACAAACAUCAAGGUUUGGUGGUACACUACCCUUUCCGGUUAAAGAGGAACUCAAGAUCACUGCGGGCGUGCAGCAGCAAGUUGCCCAUCAAACCCAACCUGAUAAAACAACCAAUUUGGACCCAAUUCUUAAUGAAACCAGUGCAGAUGAAUUUGGUCUGAACUUAGACCUGACUCUGGCACAACCUGUGGUGGCUUGUGAAGGAAAUGAGGCGCCCACGAUGGGGUUGUUUGGAACUCAAGCGGAAAACUUCAACCCAGGGAUUGUUUUGAAUUUAGAUCUUACUCUUGCACCACCCAAAGUAAAUUAGGUGCCUUUACUUGCUUUGUUUGUUUGCCUACACUUCCCAGACAUUAGCUAGAUUUUUGAAUAUUCCCCCUUUCUUUUUCUUGAAUAUCCCCAAAGUGUAGUGCUGAGUAAGUUAGUUUAUAUGUGUUUACUUGGAAUGCAUUAUUGUUUGUUUGGAAUGUACUAUUGUACGUUUAUUUGGAAUGUAUUCUUGCUUUGGGACCAUGCCCAUUUAGCAGCAAUUAAAAAGUCCCAAUUACG